GAAACCCCCGACGUUGAAACCUUCCAAGGUUCCAUUCUCAACGGUAGCAUUCGCCCGGACUCUGCCAUUCUUUGCGUUUCCGCUGGGACCGGCGAAGGCAUCAACGAAAACGCGGACCAAACGGCCCAGUAUAUCAGCGUUGCCAGGGAGCUUGGGAUCCCCGAGUUGGCGGUUGUCAUCACCAAGAUGGAUAUGGUUCGUUGGUCGGUAGAGCGUGCGAACGAAUUAAUGGCGGGUGCUCGGAAUAUAGUGAGACAUACCGAGCCGACGCACUAUGAUCCCCGAAGUGUUGCAUGUCUCCCUGUGUCGGGUGAAACGGGGGAUAAUUUGUUCGAGGAAAGCCCUAAUAUGUCGUGGUGGGGGGGUUGGUCACGGCGCUGCCCGGACGGCUCUGAUAUUAGGGGAAAGGCGUUGUUGGAUGUUAUUGAUGCCUUU